GGUGCUCGUGUAAGGUCUUUGGCUAAGGUCGCCAAAGAUGCCCACGGGUGAGGAGGCGAACGCCCGCUCCCGGCCCGCCAAGGGGCUGCCGAGCCUGCAGGAGAGGCGCCAGGUGAGGGACGGGGCAGGAGGGAGAGGCCGGGGGUGGGACGGGGCCGCACAGAGCUGCCUUGGUGCCAGGGCCAGCCUUGCCGGCGCUGUGGGGGCCGCUGUGCCAAGGCAGCCGCCUCCAUCCCAUGCCUCCUCCUCCUCCUCCUCCUGGUCACAGGUGGGCCUCAGGCAGCCACAGGCAGUGCCGCAGGGCAGCCAGAGCCAGGCCUUGUCCCUCCAUGGGGACAGGCUGCCACUGCUCUCCUGCCCAGAGAGCUCGCAGGACACCGCAAGGCACCGUGCACAGAUGGAUGUUCUGGCACACAGGGUGACCCUGCCCCGCAACAAGGUGGUGCAGGAGGAGACAGCUCGUUGUCCAAGCUUGCCACCUGUCCCCAGGAAGGCAGCGGCACCCGGGCACGCACCCACCGCAGCUCAGCCAGCAGGAGCUGUCAGCACCUGCCCCAGGCUGCCUCCUCUGCCAGCAGCACCCUCCACAUCUCCUGUCAGCAGCAGGGAAACCACCAGCGGCACCGCAGCCAGUGGCCGGCGACAGCUCAUCCCAUCUUCUUGGGGCAUCCGCCAUGGCCAGGGCACAGCCGCAAGUGUGGAGAGCUGGAGGCCUGCCCCACACAGCUCCGCUGGCCGUGCUGCAGCUGCGAAGGGGAUAGCCCAGGGCCUUGUGACUGAGGUCCUGGACAAGGUCUUCCUGGGGAGCCGGGGACCCAGCCAGCAGCCGGCAGCCCAGUGGAACUGGGCACACAGCGCGACUGAGGCGGCACCACCAAGAGCAGCCGAGGUCUGGGCGGCCAGCGGUGGCAAGGCCCCCUCAGCUUUGCCCGUGCCUGGUCCCCUUGCACAUGGGGACACUGGUGCUGCAGGCAGGGCCCCUGCGCCAGCUUCCCUGGCCAGGAACGCAAGGCCAGGGCAGCUCCAGCAGCAGCAGGAAGGCGAGGAGCGGUGUUUCCCCCAGUCGGCACCAGGAUGGCUCCUCAGUAUCAGAUCCAGGCAGAUGGACAGCCUGGCAUUCAGGGUGACCCUGCCUCACAGCAGGGUAACAAGGAAGCAGACAGACCAUCUUGAAAUCUUGCUGCCUGUUUCCAGGAAGGCAGCGGCACCUGGGCAUGCGCCCACUGCAGCUCAUCCAGAUGGAGCUGCCAGCACCUGCCCCACGCUGCCUCCUUUGCCAGCAGCACCCUCCACAUCUUCUGCCAGCAUCAGGGAAACCACCAGUGGCACCACAGCCAGUGGCCACCAACAGCUGGUCCCAUCUUCUUGGGGCAUCUGCCAUGAUCAGGGAACAGCCUGGAGCGUGGAGAGCUGGGGGCUUGCCCCAAGCAGGCCCGCUGCCCAUGUCACAGCUCUGAUGGAAGCAGCACGGUGUGUUGUAACUGAGGUCCUGAACAAGGCUCUCUAUGCGAUCCAGGGACCCAGCCAGCAGCCGGUGGCACAGCGGGACCAUGCACAAGUCAUGGGGGAGGCAGCAGCAGCAAGAACAGCUGAGGACAAGGGAGCCAACAGCGUCAAGAACCCCGCAGCUCAGCCCACGCCUGGUCCUCAUGGAGGUGGGGGCACCGAUGCAUCUGACAGAUCCCUUGUGCCAGCUUCUCCAUGCAGGGACGUCGUGCCAAGGUGCCUGGGUCAAGCAUCAGAGCAUGAUCUGGCAAUGCCGGUGACGCGUAUCAAGUGCUACAUCAGUAGUAGGUUGCUGCCCAUGCAGGACAGGGUUUUUGCGGUCUAUCUGGCCAUCCCUUCCGUCAGGACGGACCCUCUGGAGGAGCUGGAGAGGAGUGGCCCAGGCUGCAAUGAGAACAGCCUAGCUCAGCUCAGGAAACCCACUCUGCAAGUGCCAGAGGACAAGCAAGGGGCCUUGGCUAAGAAGGAAGAUCUCGGCAACGAAGAGAUGUACCAAGAGUCGUCCUCCAUUACCAUCCGCAGCAUCUGUAUCAACCCUUUUAUCCUGGAGCUCGUCCCCCUCCCAACUUGUCCCCAGGAGGGGCCUGGCAGGACCAGCAUCAUGGGCCCAGAGGCAGCAGGAGAGGCAGCUGGCAACCUGCAGGACGCAUCUCCUGCCCCAGCGGGUCCCAUGGACCCUCAGCCGGCAGCUUCUGCCCUGGCCAGAGCGCCCGAGGAAGAGGAGGACAAUCCAAACCUGUCUCCCAUGUCUGGAGCCCAGCAAGGAGAGGCCAGCGCAGCCCUUGACUCCCUGGCGGUGCACGAGGAUGAAGUGGCUUCUUCAUUCCCUCAGAACCCUCCGACAGACACUGCCACAUCCCACCCGGCAGAUGACAGAGGAGACGCAGCAGCAUCUCCCCUGCCUCUGGAGCCAGAAACGGCUCCAAGAAAAUGACUGAACCCCAGAG